UGUUAAUAAAGUUUAAACACUUCAAUCCAAGAUGGCGGUGUGCAACAUACCGCUGUUUCUGAAGAUGUCACCCUCAGCUUUACUGGGCUUUAAGUUGGUUUCGACAGAGAAAUAUUCUUCCAGAAAUCUGCUAACAUCUUUGACGGAAGCCUGCAGACGAGCUUACUCGGGGGACAGCGGCGCGACACCCGCCGGGUUCCACGGGCCCCUGGAUCACUACAGCGGGCUGAUCCGGGACGGGACUCUGCGGGAGGAUGAGCACCAGAGAGCCGUGAUGCAGACCCUGGACCAGCUCCACAAAACCCUGCGAGGGUACAGCAACACACCGACAUCUUUCUUCUCAAAGUUUUUCCAAAAUCCAAAGGCUCCGAAAGGUUACUAUAUCUACAGUGAUGUUGGCACAGGAAAAACGAUGGUGAUGGACAUGUUUUAUUCAUACGUUGAGACUGAAAAAAAAAAGAGGGUUCAUUUCCACGGCUUCAUGUUGGACGUGCAUAAAAGGAUCCAUCGACUGAAACAGAGCAUGCCAAAGAGGAAAGUGGGUAAAAUGGCCAAAUCCUAUGACCCCAUUGCUCCAGUUGCAGAGGAGAUCAGUGAAGAGGCCUGUGUUCUGUGCUUUGAUGAGUUUCAGGUGACUGAUAUCGCUGAUGCCAUGAUUCUCAAGCAGCUCUUUGAGAAUCUGUUUCUGAAGGGUGUUGUUGUUGUGGCCACAUCUAAUCGUCCUCCUGAAGACUUGUAUAAAAACGGACUGCAGAGAGUCAACUUUGUGCCGUUUAUUGCCGUGUUGCAAAAAUAUUGCCAAACUCUCCGCCUGGAUUCUGGGAUAGAUUACCGCCGGAGGAACAGACCGUCUGCUGGAAAACUCUACUUCCUCUCCAGUGAGCCUGAUGUCGAAGCAACGCUUGACAAGAUGUUUGAUGAGCUGGCUUUUAAGCAGAAUGACAUAACACGACCAAGAAUUCUGAAUGUUAACAAUAGGAAAGUCCGUCUGGACAAAGCUUGUGGGACCAUUGCAGACUGCACGUUUGAGGAGCUGUGUGACAGACCGUUGGGGGCCAGUGACUACCUGGAGAUGUCGAGGCUGUUUGACACCGUCUUUAUUCGACACAUUCCUCUACUGACGCUCAACAAGAAAACUCAGGCCAGGCGGCUCAUAACGCUGGUGGACGCCCUCUACGACCACAAGGUGCGGGUGGUGAUUGUUGCAGAUCAUCCACUGGAUGAUAUUUUUGUGCACAAUGGUGAGCACGGUCAUGACGAGAGCCACAUUCUGAUGGACGAUCUGGGGCUGAAGAGGGAUGAAGCCAGCAGUCUGUCCAUCUUCAGUGGGGAAGAGGAGAUGUUUGCCUUCCAGAGGACAGUUUCCCGCCUCACAGAGAUGCAGACCGAGGAGUAUUGGUUGGAAGGAGACCGAAGCGCUAAAUCAAAGGUGUAACAUUUGGAAAAGUGGACCGUGUUACACGACCUUCAUGAACUGUACUACUCGCUGCCAAAAGCAAUGAACACUACUCACCUUAUGCAGCACAAACCCAGUAGGACUGCUCAACAGUAUGUGUGCAAAUGUUGUACGGGGAAUAUUUAUUGAAAUCUUAUGGCCUUUUAUUACUUUAAAGUGAUUUUGCACUUUGCGGAUUAUUUUUAAUAUAAAUUAUCAGGGUGUCAUAUUGCUUUUAACUUUGUUUUAUAUAGAGGUCCAAAAUGAUUUACUUAUAUAAAUCUGUGGGAAAGGACUUUUAUGAAGAUUUAUGGGACGUUUUAAUCUUGUGUCUUUUGAAAAUGUAAUUCAUCUCAGUGAGUUGUUUAUGAUUCUCAUUCAAGCCUCAGCACAGCAGCAGCAGAUCGAUCAGAGGUUUAUUUCUGAUGAUUUAGUAGAACGUUUCACGUGAUACCGAACAAUUCCAUUUCACUCCAUUUCACUCCAGUUAUCAGCAUUUUCAUCCGGUGGAUGAAAAGGAAACACAACUUGUAUCAAUGGGAGCGUUUUAGUUUGUAUAUAACGCACCACAUUAUGUCUCACCUUCAUAAAUGAAGCAAACAAUGGUUUGCGUGUUGGUCGGUUGA